ACCUCGCCCUUGGCCGCCCAGCUUCCGAGGCAUUUCAACUGGAGAAAGAGGGGGCGUUGCAACCGAGUGGGUGGGGACAGGCAAGGCGGGUGCAAGCUUCUUCCUGUUUGGCCUUGUUUCCUUUAGCGAGGAAGGGCUGAAAUUGCCCUUUGCCUGGCCGGCAGGGAUGUCAUUUCGUGGAACCGGCAGUUGGGGACCUAAUGCACCGGUGCGAAACGAUGAAAGCCAAGCAGCCGGAUCAGGAGUUGCUUGCCCCUGCCCAGUCCCCGCUGCCCAAGCUGCUCUCCGCCCUUUUCUACGGGACCUGCUCUUUCUUAAUCGUUUUGGUAAACAAGACAGUGCUGACAGUUUACAGAUUCCCGUCUCCAGUGUUUCUUGGAGUAGGACAGAUGGUAACCACUAUUCUCGUCUUAUAUGUGUCAAAAUUAAAUAAAAUCAUUCAUUUCCCUGAUCUUGACAAAAGCAUCCCUAAAAAGCUGUUUCCACUUCCUCUGAUUUAUGUUGGAAAUCAUAUAAGUGGAUUAUCAAGCAUAGGCAAGCUAAGUUUGCCAAUGUUUACAGUCCUGAGGAAGUUUACCAUUCCUCUUACAUUACUGCUGGAAGUUAUUAUUCUUGGGAAACGCUUUUCUUUGAGCAUUAUAAUCAGCGUGUUUGCAGUCAUUUUGGGGGCCUUCAUAGCAGCAGGAUCAGAUUUAGCUUUCAGCUUGGAAGGCUAUGCUUCUGUUUUGCUGAAUGAUGUCUUCACAGCAGCAAAUGGUGUUUAUACCAAACAAAAAAUUGACCCUAAGGAGCUGGGAAGAUAUGGAGUAAUUUUUUAUAAUGCCUGCUUUAUGGUAAUUCCUACAGUUCUCAUCAGUUUCUUCACUGGAGAUUUCCAGCAGGCCACCAAUUUCAAGCAGUGGACAAAUGUUUUUUUUAUCUUUCAGUUUCUUCUUUCUUGUGUGCUGGGGUUUCUUCUGAUGUAUUCUACAGUUCUCUGCAGCCAUUAUAAUUCUGCUCUAACAACUGCAGUGGUUGGUGCUAUAAAAAAUGUGUCCAUUGCUUAUAUUGGCAUGCUGUUUGGUGGAGAUUACAUGUUUAAUAUGUUGAACUUCAUUGGACUCAAUAUCAGCAUGGCAGGAGGGCUGAGAUAUUCAUUCCUGGCAAUACGCGGACAGGACAAUCCUGAUUGUCCCAUAGAUGAAGAAAAAGCAAAUCCAGGUUCCAAGAGCUAACUGAAGCAAACAACAUGAAAAGAUCUGAAGAUGUCAACUUAGGCAAACUUAGGCUAAGACAUGUCCUUGGACAGAAGAUGAUAAUUGGAACACAUCAAAAAUGCAUCUGAAAAUAAACUUGUCAUAUUAAAGCAGUCCUCAAGGUACACAAAAUAGUUUGCCAGCUUUUGAGUUUCCAAGAAUUGCUCAUGAGAUAUAAUGGUUAAAAAUCCAAGGAAAAAAAACCAGGGUAAAUAAAAUAUGGACUGUGUUUAGAUUGUGUCUGCACCAGGCUUCAGAUGGUGUGUGAAAAUAAAUUGCAGACAUUCAAAGGCAUCCUAUCAGGUACAAAAGUAGCAUUAACCUGCACCAAAAUUUGCUAGGAAGUAGAAAAAGGCCAAUAUUUGUUGGCCUCCCCUUUUUUGGAAAUAGAAAAUCCAGCAGUUAAAGUAAAAAAUAGAAAGCAGUAGAUUGCAGAUGUAUUUGGUAAUUUAUGGACCAAAACUAACUGUAAGUAAUAUUGCAAUGAAUGGCAGGGGUCAGUGAAUCUCCACUGAGAAUCUGUGGGAUUGGCCAAAUUAAAUGAGCCUUGAGUAAUCCAGGCCUCCUGUCGGUACUGUACAUGUUGAUAUAGCACUGCUUGCCUUGCCUGUGUUUAUGGAUCCCUGGCAUUCUUUUUAUUUUGACUAGCUCUGGAUUGUAGUCUGCAAAAUAUUGGUGACUCAUUCGUCUUUUGAAUAUGCCCCUGAUUCUUAAAAAGAGCUGUAUUCUUCAUGGCCAACCUGAAUUGUGAGGAUUAUCCACCUAUCAAAACAGGAGAUUGUAUUAGAUGCCCUUCUAGUUCCACGAAGCUUGAUAAUGUUACAGAAAAUAGAGCAUUUGUCCUUUGGAGGGGCAGGGAUAGUCUUCCUGAGGCAAGCUAAAACUGCCAGAAAAACCAGCCAUUCGAUUGAAAAGCCAAUUAUGACCUCAUAAACAUUCACACCAGUUUGUGAGUGUCUAGGUGGCAGAGCGGCUUAAUGACGCUCAAAGUUGCCGGCCAGAAAUGGUCGAUGCUUCAGCGGUUCGAGUCCAGCCUUCGUGCUA